AGGAGCGAGGUGGUGGUGAACAUCCCAAUUACCAGGGGUGAUUAUCGGCGGAUCAAGGCCUAUCACACAUUCCCCAGUGCUCGUAAACUCUCCCUGGUCAACGUGAGGGAUACAACAGGGAUUAAUGAAAGUGUGUAGUGUAGUGUCUGGCGGGAAAUAAACGUGUAAAGUGUUAAAACAAGGAUUAAAGAGGAUGCGUCGGGAGAGUUUGGACCGCGGAGAGCAGCAUCAACCAGACUCCUCACCUACUCCGGGGAACACAAUUUUUCACACGUCAGUCUGUGGACUAUGUAUGGGGCAGCUGCAAGAUAGUAGAUGGAGGCCAUGGGGACCAAGGUGCUAAUGGAUGUGUAUUUGCCAAGAAGUGAGGGGUUAUGACCAUCAACCCCUCAGAAGUCAUAUUCACCGAGCACGGAUUGAUUGGUUUAAAUAGCAGAGGACGACAUAAGCCGGAGGCUUUCCUGUCCUGAUAAACGGGCUCUCCAAGCUGUUGCUAUGGAGGUUGCCCACGUGCUGUAUCUGCCAGUGCUUGUGCAUCCCAGAACAGAGGAUAGAUACAGAAAUCAUGCCAGUGUGAAGUGAUCAUCUUGAACCAUGUGAAAAUGGUAGAACCUCAGCAGAAAAGGGCAAAGUUGCCCCCCUCUGGGGAUGACGGUGGGGGGCAGCUGCUGCCAAGGAGAGACCUGGAGAUCAUCCAUGCCCAGCUGAUCCGCAAAUGUCUGUGUUCCCUGCAGCUGCCCGACAUCCUCCAUACUCUGGCAGUUUGCAACGACUGCUUUUCUGCUCAUCCUGUGGCACACAUGCUGCGACUACGAGAUGAGACUCUACUCUACAUUAGUAUGCUCACCUUGUUCUUUGAGGUCUCAUUACGUCAACAAAGUCGAGGUGUACUGUGUUCUCGCAUAAGUGAGGUGGUAGCAGCAGGGGCAGAUAAUGAGGGUGCAGUGUUGGAUAUUCUCUUUGGCUUUGUGGCCUCAGAGGAUAAGUAUGUCAGCUACUCUGCCUCCCGUGCCUUGUCUUCACUGCUUCUUAUGUUGCGUGGCCGAGCUGGUGAACUGGUCUUAGAAAAGUUAGUUGAAAACCUUGCCAUUUCAGCUAACCUGAUAGAGGUUGGUCAUUCAAUUGAAGUUGUAAGAAGAGUUAUAGAGUGGAAAGACCUUGAUGAACAUCCUUUAGAAGGAACUGAAGCAGAGUCUGGCCAACCUCCAGAAUGUACUAAGAUCACUUUGACUCCAGCUGAUACUCAAGGAGCAAAUGAAGUAAAGUAUAUGGCCACGAAGAAGCUUGACCGUAAAUGGUUUCUCCUAGUGGCGAGAUUAACUCAAUUAGUGAAUGAAUUUACUUUGGAAAGAGAACAUGUUAUUGUGUCUUUUUUAACAUUAUGGGAGUCUCUAAUAUCAGUGAAAGCCAAUUUAUCAGUGACCGAUACAAAAGAAUUUUACUCAGGAUUAGAACGCCUCAUGACUCCGUUAACGCGACACACCCAUACCAUAGUGUGGCGCAAAGUGUUAGAUCUUUAUAACGAGGUCUUGUGUUAUGGGAGUACGCUGGCCCUUCAGGACGUAUUAGCAGAGGAGCCUUGUAACUUGGCACACCUCCUGAUUCGUGCUGUCAAGGAUCGUAGAUUCUUGGAGUGUGUGCCAUGUGGGGGGUCAGCGGGAAACAGAUCACAGCCGAAUCAAAGCUCUGCUAUGGACACCAGUGCUGGACCCAGCUCAGGGUCAGCAAGUGGUACAGACCAAGGUGAUAGAACAAUACUACACAAGGUGGUAUUGGUUGUGUUGAAAGCUAUAGCAGUGACAGUGAAAGAGACUCGUUGCGAUUCUUCCUCAGAGAAUUCCUCGCGAUCUGGUGGUUCAGGAUCAGAGGAUAGUGAUAUGGCCAUAAUUGAACGUAGUUUAAGAGAAGUUGUUCGGAAAGUGGAUGAUUUUGUGAAGUCCAAAUUACCAUUCCUCCCUGAGGCUCCCAUGGCUGAGUGGAUGGUACGGCUAUUUGCCGAUCAGGACGACUGGCUGGUUGAGUCUAUGGUGUGUGGUCUCGACAUCUUCACAGGACUUGGCCUCCGUAUCAGGCAACAACCAGAGCUUCAUGCAUGUGUCAACCCUCAUACCACCUUCCUGGUGUUCCUCGAGACCAUCUACCUAGAACAUGAUGUGCUCCUUGACCUCUUAGUGUCUAAUGAGACAUCCUUCCUCCUUUACCUGCUUCGCUACCUCAAAUUUAUUCGCCGCAGCUGGCAUGAGUUUGCGUCCCACUGUGGUCGUAGACUGGAGGAGGUCAUGACCGUUCUCAUCCGUCUCCGCUUUGCCAUUGACCGUCUGGUGUCCAAAAACCUCUUCCCUUACAAUAUUAGUCCUGUUUUAAAGUUACUACAGAAGUGUGAGGAACUGUAUGAGGUUGGGGACCAUUAGUCUGUGGUUGAGGAGGAAAACUGUGUUAAGUUAAAAGUCAGGAUUUACUGUUUGUGAAAUUUUUUAUAAUGAUGUUAUAGCUAUAACAGGGGUACUUAGUUAACCCCGGGUUUCAACUGCCAUUUGUUGAGGGUCAUUGCAACAGACAGGUUUGAUACACAGCAGCGCCUUGACUAGAUGUUACUGGGUAUGUUACACAAUUAAAUAUUGUUAAUUUUUAUCAUAAUGUACCUGGAGAUCAAUAAAACUUUCCUCUUCAUGUCUGUAUUCACAUGCCAAGGUUUUAUUUUUGUAAGUCUCUUAUUUAAAACUGUAUUUAGACUCGUUUUAACCUCAGUUAUAGUCUGCAAUAUUUUUUCAAUUCAUUUAACAGAUUUGAGUUUUUUUAUAUACUGAACAUCCCCAGGCCUGUUUCCAGUCAUGCUAGAUCAUUUAAGAUUUGAAAAUAUUACAUAUAUAAAGAAGUUACUUGAAAGUGAAAACAUCAAGUGCAACACAAUGUGCUUACAAUCAAAUUGAUAACAUUGUUAUAUUGGCAUCAGUACAUCUAGUACUGCUUGGUUGACAGUGUCUCUAUAAUGAUAUGCCAGUAGAUUUAAAAGCCUUAAUUCAGGUGAUGGCCAGACUUGUAAUAAAGAAAGUUCUGAUCUAGUAAAAGAAAAGAGAAAUAGACCAAAUGUACUUUUUACAAUGACAAAACAGUUAUCAUUGGAGCUCCUAGAAGGAUGACCAGGGAAGUGCACUAAUGCCCUUCAUCCCUUUGGUCUUAUUUGACAAUGUAUGUGUUGAACAAUAUAAGGAUGUAGCUUACAACUCAUUCGAUAUAUUUGUUUUAUAAUGUGUCUCCUUGUGUUUUCAGGACCUAUUUUACCAUAAUUUAAUGGUUUGGUUAGUGGAAUAAUAGAAAUAUACUGUAGUUCAAAAUUUAUUUCUUGAAAAUUAUAGCUGUGAAGAUUGUGUCUACAGUAUCUUGCAGAUAUUUAUGACAAAAUGAAGUUAUAAGUUUGAGUUGCCAAGUUAGUACGUCAUCUUUGGGUGUUUACUUAUGAAAAGUUAAAAAUACAGUCGGGGACAAAAGAUCACUCCCUGUGGUGAAACUAAGUCAUGGGAAUGAGUCUCUGUACUGACUUACGCUGAAUGUUUCAUCUCAUUUGGGGUCGAUACUGCUUAUUUUGGACGCGAGCGAACUUUUGAUCCCGACUGUACAUAGAAGAUAUAAUAAUUAAUAAAUCAAGCUGAAAUAUAAACAACUGGCUCAGAUGAGAUUUUAUACAAAUGGGUGAUGUUAACAUGUUAAUUUACCAGGUUUGAUAUUUUAUAAAAGAGGAAUAUAAUAUCCCUGUCAGCUGUAUCACAAAUACUGAUGCAAGGACAAGUGUCCUCAAUAUUCCAGAAAUAUAUAGCUGUUUAGUUACAACAAACAGGUCAACUCUAUCAAUGUACUGUACUACACAUGUAAAGUUAGCACAGGUGAAACAUAAAUGGAACAAAUUCUCUUUUUUAAAAGCAGUUGAAGGGCAGCUUAGGAGAAACUAAAGGACCAUAUUGAGUAAAGUAUGUUGAUGUCAGAAUAAUGUUUACAUGCAGUUUUUUCCAUGUGGGAACCAAUUUGCUUUUAUUGAGGCUUUGCCAACAAAAAUAAUUUAUAGUGAUUUUCUUAGAUAAUUUUGAGUACUACAGGUACUUGCAUCUUGUAUCAUGACAUGUAUUUAAAUCUCUUUGUAUGUUGUAGAGGCAACCUUCACUUUUUACCCUUGGUGUUUAUCACUUGGCAGCCAAUGGUGACUGUUUCAGUCAUGUGACAAUAAUAAUUAUUCAGCUAUUGUUUUUUUUGUUUUUUUUUAUGUGGGCAGUUAAAUUUUUAAGGUGUAAUAAGGAUUAGAAACUGUAAAUUUUCUUAUUUUGCUUGUACAGUAUUUACCAUGCCCCUGUUGUGUGCUGAGGAGGGGUAAGCAAACCAGAGAUAACCAUUGUCGUCAACAUGUUCACAGAGAUUGAGAUGAUACGUCUUGAGUCAUGCCAGAUACCCAUAUUUCACAUGAAGGUGAUCCACACACCAUAAAUUUUUGAAGGGUAGUCAAAAACACAGAAAAAAAUUAUGUAUUUUAUUUUUAUUGUGACAUUUGUAAUACAUAUACAGUAAGUGUUUGGACCAUGUUUAGCAUCUUAGCUUUUCAGUUUUAUGACAGACCAGAGCUUUGUUAUUAAGUAGAGGAACUUGCCAUCCCUGAAUUUAAGUGUUGUGCUGCCUUAGAAAUAUAAAAAGGGAGAUGAGCCAUCUCCAUCUCAAUUGAGAGUCACAAAAUUGUGUGUACGUAUGUAUUAAGUGUUAUGUAACUAAUUCUGUUUCUGUAGUACCAUCUGUUAGUGGAGUGUGAGUCUCCCAACACAGAACUACUGAUCAUUUUUCUGCAGGACAGUUAAAGAUCACUUGGUGCUCCCUAUAGUUGUUAAAUGUUAAUUGAGAAGCCAGUUAUUGUGUGCCCCUGUAGUGAGUAAGAAGUGACUGACAAAUGUAGGACAAUUAAAAUGAUCACUGGGUAUGAAUAAUACUUUGAAAAUUUCAGCUAAUCAUAUUUUAAACAUUGAAUUAGUAGGGUUGGGUUUGACAUCAUUAUUAAAUUUUUUUUUAUAAUGUUAAAUAGAAUAUUGAGUCACAAUUGAUUCAUCUCUCUUCCGAUGCAGCACUUUUGUUAUAAUUGCAGUGGAUCGGGUGGCUCUUGUACUGUGUCAGCUAGUUUACAGGUUGACCUGAUUACCCUGGAACCCUUCACUAAUAAAACCAGAAACUA